UUUCCUAUGACUUCCGAAGGCAGCACUGCGCCGUCUCUCAGUUCAGAAGAAGAAGAGGAGGAGCAAGAGGCGUUCACGUUCACAGUAAAAACGACUUACGCGGUAGUUAGUCGACCGUUUACUCUCAAGUCUGCCGGUGGGCUAUUCGCGCGACAACCCUUUCCAAGGCUCCCUCCUCACUUCACUGGACUCCUCUUCAUCGUUUACGCACCCCUAAAUUCCCUGGACUUUUGCUUUUCGGUUUCCCCCUCGCUUUUUGUUUGAGACUGUUGCAGCUGCGUCCACCAUGCCGUCCCCUCGAUACUCGUACACGGUGACGGCACCGGAGGAGCCGGCCGCCGCUUUGCCGGCGUCCAAGUCCAACGUGCGGCGUUUGGCUCCGUCCUUGUCCCGUUCCAAGCUGGUGUCCACCUUCAUGGGACUCAUCAUCAACCAGGCGAAGAAGCAGAGUCCACAAGGCCUGGUGGGACUGAAGAACCUGGGAAACACGUGUUUCAUGAACUCCAUCCUCCAGUGUUUGAGUAACACUCCCGAGUUGAGGGACUAUUGCCUGAGAGAGGUCCAUCGAACAGACCUGAACAACAACAGCAACAGGACCAAUUCGGCCCUUGUUGAAGAGUUUGCCAAGCUGACUCAGAGCUUGUGGACAUCGGUCAACAACGAGACAUUCAUCCCCUCCGAUUUCCACAGCCAGGUGCAAAUUUGCGCUCCCAAAUUCGCCGGUUGCAAUCAGCAAGACGCGCAGGAGUUUCUGCGUUUCCUGCUGGAUGCGCUCCACAACGGGGUGAACCGAGCGAUGGCAUGCCCCAGGGCGUCCGUCGAGGACUUUGACCACCUCUCUGAUGACGACAAAGCCAAACAAAUGUGGAGUAUGUAUCUGCAGCGGGAAGACAGCAAAGUCGUUGAUCUCUUUGCCGGCCAGCUGAAAAGCUCCCUGACCUGCACCGUAUGCGGUUUCCGCUCCAACGUCUUUGAGCCCUUCUGGGACCUGUCCGUCCCAAUCGCACCGAUCGUCUCCGGCGAGGUGACUCUGAAAGAUUGCCUGAGGGUCUUCACCAAGGAGGACGUGUUGGACGGAGACGAGAGGCCGACUUGCAACAGAUGCAAAACCAGACAGAAAUGCACCAAACGAUUCAGCAUUCAGAAGUUCCCUCAGAUACUCGUGCUUCACCUGAAGCGUUUCUCCGAGUCCAACAUCCGAGCCAGCAAGCUGUCCACGUACGUCAAUUUCCCCCUCAAAGACCUGGACCUCCGGGAAUUCGCCUCCGAUGGCAGCGAGCGCGCCACGUACAACCUUUACGCUGUCUCCAACCACUGGGGCAACACGCUGGGCGGCCAUUACACGGCCUAUUGCAAGAACGCAACCGUCGGCGAGUGGUACAGCUUCAACGACUUCAGGGUGAGCCACAUGUCCUGUAGCCAGGUGCGCAGCAGCAACGCCUACAUCCUCUUCUACGAGCUCUGCAAAAAUCAAGACGUUUCACCUUUAGGCGCCCUCAGGUUACAACAACAAAGUAACCCAGUGAGACGUGAAGUUUAACCGCUGGAUGUUGGCGCCAUCUUGUGGCUCAGGCUGUGACAAACAGGUCAUGGGAUAAACUGGAAUCCAUGAACCAUGACUGGGUUUUUUUUUUGGGGGUGUGCACUUUUUUUUUUCUAUGCACUUUAUAAACCUGGGUGACGUCACCAUUUGGAGAGACAAAAAAAGGUGUCAAAUUUGACUACUGUGUUGCAAUUUAUAUACGAGGUAAGGUAAAUUGCCAGUUCUUUGUAAAGCCAUUAGGGAGCAACAAGAAAAGAAAAA